AUGCUACGGGGAAUGGGAGUCACGAGAUUUCACAAUUUAAAAUGUCUGUUUUUUCAAAUUUUUGGUUAGGUUUGGGGUUUCUUUGUGUUCACAUCGGCGCUUUUUCUCCGCCCAAGUAUUCUAAAUGUAUCAGCAAAGAUUUUGGACAUGGAGGGACCGUUUGUCUUUGCUCAGAAAAUGAAUGCGACUCGUUCAGCGAAGGAACUCCUCUUGGAAUGGGGGAAUACGCAGUUUACACAAGUACUAAAGCGAGGGAACGUUUUAGUCUUAAGACAGCGAAGUUUGGCAAGAGUUUGACUAUGAAGUCUUCCGUAGAAAAUGUCCGUUUGAUGGUGAAUAAUAGCGUCAGGUUUCAAAAGAUUCUCGGGUUUGGAGGUGCAUUUACAGAUGCUGCCUCGAUUAAUCUUUACAACAUCAGCACAACCUUGAGGCAGAAACUUCUUUCUUCAUAUUUCUCAGAGGAAGGUAUUGAGUAUAACAUUGGACGCAUCCCUAUGGCAAGUUGUGAUUUUUCUACAAGACCUUAUUCCUACAAUGACCAUGUUGGUGAUCUUGAGAUGGCCGACUUUAGCUUGGCUGAUGAGGACAUACAAUUGAAAAUCCCAUCCAUAUUGACUGCAAUGAAGAUGAGUAAGAAAAACAUCACAUUCUUUGGAAGUCCAUGGUCAGCACCUGCAUGGAUGAAAACAAAUAACAAGAUGACUGGAUUUGGACAAUUAAAGGGAAAGGCAGGAGAUAAGUACCACAAAGCAUGGGCUUUGUACUUUGCCAAGUUUAUUGAGGCUUACGAGGAGAAAGGAAUAAAUAUCUGGGCAGUUACAGCACAAAAUGAGCCAUCAGAUGGAUAUAUUCCAUUUUUUACAUUUCAGUGCAUGGGAUACACCCCUGAAAUGGAAAGGGAUUUUAUCAAGGAGGACUUGGGGCCUAUGCUGUCAGCCCAUGGCCAUGCUGAUGUGAAGAUAAUCAUGCUUGAUGAUCAGCGCAUGUUUUUGAAACAAUGGGCAAACACCAUUCUUAAUGAUCCCGAUGCUGCCAAGUAUGUUGCUGGAAUUGGUGUUCACUGGUAUGAAGAUAGAUUCCUUCCUGCCAAAGUGCUGAGUGACAUUCACAACAGGUUUCCUGAUCACUUCAUUCUUGCCACUGAAGCCUGUAUCGCUCCCCCACUCUCCAAGCCUCCCGUAGUCAGCUUGGGGGACUGGGCAAGAGGAAAUCAGUACAGCCAUAGUAUAAUUGAGGACUUGUCCAACUGGGCCGUUGGAUGGGUGGACUGGAACAUAGCUCUCAACAUGGAAGGAGGACCCAACUGGGUGAAGAACUUUGUUGACUCUCCAAUUAUUGUAGAUGCAGAGAAGGGAAUUUUCUAUAAACAGCCAAUGUUUUACCAUCUGGGACACUUUAGCAAGUUUGUACCCCCAGGCUCUCAGCGAAUUGAGGUUACAGCAAGUGAGAAAUCUUUCCUUCAGUUUAUUGGUUUUACUACUCCAGCACCAUCCACGUCAACAGUUGUUAUUAUACUCAACACAUAUGACCUUGCAGUUCAACUGCAAAUUCAUUCUCAAGAUGGUACUAUCAACGAGACUGUACCACCAUCUUCCAUUCAGACUUACAUUUGGUAGAAUUAGGUACAAGAUGGGUAGAUGAGUUUUGAAAUAGUUUGUACAACAGAGCUUUGAAUCAGAAAAUUCUUUAGAUUGAAGUUGAAUGGUUCCAUCACAAUUUUCAAGAGUUCUACAAUCACCGUAAAACUGUUUUGGGUCCGUGUGAAAUGCAUAACAGAAUGAAAUGAAUCGCAAUCUGCUGAUCCACGGAAUUGGGAAGCUUUAACAUCAAGACAUAUCCAAGAGAAAACUAAUUUAAUCUGCUCAUGAGUCAAUUAAAUAAAGUAAAUCAAAUAAAACUGAAGGAGGAAGUAGACUUCUGUAUGAACCCUGAGGUUUUACAGUUUGUGAGCAUCAAAAGUUUCAUAAAAGUAAAAUAGAAUAAGAAACAGUUUAUGAUUGACUUUGCAUCUUAUUUUUCUGGAUGGUUUUACAUUUAUAAUUGUCUUCUGCCCACAACCACAACCAAAACCUGGUAGUUUUAAGCUUGGCACACAUUAAACAACAUGUUACAAAGCUAUGAAAUGGAAUGGCAGUGGAUUAUUGUAGGCUUGAUGACAUCGUUUCAUGGAUGAUAGUAAACUUCCCCAAACGUUUGCCCUCUUAAAGAAUGAAUGACCUUACUGCAUGAUCUCUACAAUGUAAACAGUAUACACCCCUUUCAUAAAUGGCUGCCAAAUUAAUAUUCUUUUGUUUAAAUUUUAUUUAAAUUAGCCCUUCUGGCCUCAC